UCUCUGCUGCAGUAGCUUCAAAUUCACUUGUUCAACAGCCUCUUUGGCUAUACUUCUUGCAGAUUAUAGGUAAUUGGAGUGAUGAUGUCUGGCAGUAUUUCUUGUGUCACUGAUGCAUAGGACUGAAUUAGUGCUGGAAUGCCAGAAGAUACAGGAAAAAAGAUCAUAGGAAGGUUGGGCUGGAAGAGGCGUCAUGAGGUCAUCUAGUCCAGCCCCUGCUCAAGGCAGGACCAUCCCCGACUAAACCAUGCGAGCCAAGUGUCUGUCUAACUUGCUUUUGAAAGGUUACAAGGAUGAAGAUUCUACACUUUCUCUUAAGCCUGUUCCAGUGUUUGACCAUCCUCAUAAUCAGAACGUUUCUCCUGUUUCUCAACCACAGGCUGUUCAUAGCCAGCUGGAAAAGCCAUCAAGUACUGCAAUUCUCUGCAAUAACUGUGGGAACCCAUGUAAAGGAGAAGUGUUGAGAGUUCAAAACAAAUAUUUUCAUAUAAAAUGCUUUGUUUGUAAAGCUUGUGGAUGUGACCUGGCUCAAGGAGGAUUUUUUGUGAGACAGGGAGACUAUAUCUGUACUUUGGACUAUCAAAGACUCUAUGGCACACGGUGCUUCAGCUGUGAUGAAUUCAUUGAGGGGGAAGUGGUUUCAGCCCUGGGGAAAACCUACCACCCAGACUGUUUUGUGUGCGCUGUUUGCAGGCUGCCUUUUCCUCCUGGUGACCGGGUGACUUUCAAUGGGAAAGAGUGUGUCUGCCAGAAAUGUUCGCUGCCCCCUGCUGGUAGCAGCAGCUCUUUCCCAGUCCAAGCCUUGCGAAAUUGUGGGGGCUGCGGUUCAGAAAUAAAAAAUGGACAGUCAUUGGUAGCUUUGGACAAACACUGGCAUUUGGGCUGUUUUAAGUGCUAUACAUGUGGCAAGCAUCUGAAUGCAGAGUACAUCAGCAAGGAUGGUGUUCCAUACUGUGAAAUGGACUAUCAUGCUAAGUUUGGCAUAAGAUGUGACAACUGCGAGAAGUACAUCACAGGAAGAGUGCUGGAGGCAGGAGAAAAACACUAUCACCCCACGUGUGCACGAUGUGUCAGGUGCAGUCAGAUGUUUGCAGAAGGAGAAGAAAUGUAUCUUCAAGGUACUUCUAUCUGGCAUCCAGCCUGUAGACAGGCAGCCAAGGCUGAAGAAAAAAACAAGGAAACUAGAACUUCUUCUGAGAGCAUUAUUUCUGUACCUGCUUCAAGUACAUCAGGUUCCCCGAGCCGUGUGAUCUAUGCAAAGCUUGGCGAUGAAAUUCUUGACUACAGGGAUUUGGCUGCUCUUCCUAAAAAUAAAGCCAUCUAUAAUAUUGACCGCCCAGAUAUGAUCUCCUAUUCUCCAUAUAUCAGUUACUCUGCAGAUGACAGGCAUAGUUAUGGGGAGGGUGAGCAAGAUGAUAGAUCUUUCAAGCAGUACAGGACAUCAAGUCCUAGUUCUGCUGGAUCUUUAGGUUAUGGUCGCUACACUCCAACGUCCCAUUCUCCUCAGCAUUACAGCAGACCAGCUGGUACUCAGAGUCUUGGUACCAGUAGCUGCAUCUCCCUGCCCCAACACCCAAGCCCUACAUCUACAUUCAGACAUCAUUACAUCCCUUUCUUCAAAGUGAAACUAAGGGACUACUGGAAGAAGGCCCUUUCAAACACUGGACAAUCAAGCAGUGAAAGUGGUCGGAGCACUCCGAGCUUAUCCAUGUACUCAGACAGCAAAUCUUCACCUUCUGUCUAUCAGCAGGCUCCUAGACAUUUCCAUAUUCCAGACACUGGAGUAAAAGAUAACAUCUAUAGGAAACCCCCUAUCUACAAACAGCAUGCAGCAAGAAGAUCUGAGGGGGAGAAUGGAAGUUUUGAUCAAGAUAAGAAGCUAAAGACCAGUUGGUUGAUUCUGAAAGGAGAAAUGGAUGCCAGAACGAAUUCACCAGAUUCAGAUACUCGGUCACUAUCUCAUGCUCCUGGAACUGACAGAGAACAGUUCCAGCAAACGCAAGAAAAUGCAACCACUGUAUAUUCCCGAUUUCCAUAUUCCAAAUCUGCUUCUCUUCCUGGCUAUGGAAAGAAUGGUUUACAUCGGCCUGAAAAUAUGAGCCAAUAUGAAACAGACCAGGAUGCCAGUUGGGGGAUGAAAGAAUACAAGAUCUAUCCUUAUGAAACGCUUAUUGUAACAAAUCGAGUUCGGGUGAAACUACCUAAGGAUGUAGACAGAACCAGACUGGAGAGGCACUUGUCCCCUGAUGAGUUCCAGGAAGUCUUCAAAAUGAGCAUUGAAGAAUUUGAUCGUCUGGCACUUUGGAAGCGGAAUGACCUAAAGAAAAAAGCUUUGCUUUUCUAACCUCUCUCAGACAAAAUACAUGCUUACUCAAAACAAAAAUAGUCUUGCCAGAACUAUCAUAUGCACUUGCUGUUGAACCAUCGUCCAGCUUUGUUGUGUUUAGUGUGUGUGUGGGGGGGAACAAAUGAAAAAGAUUAUACGGCAAUGCAUUGGAAUAGGGAUACUUUGCUAAUCUUGCAUGACCAGCUGGUUCUGUCAGUAACUCCUGGUCCUAGGCAGUUUACAACGUAUAAAAAUCUAGCUUUAAAUUAAUUGUUGCUUGCAGUUAUUGUUUGAUGCAAAGAAAUUUCAGAUGGGAAUAGAAGGACAUGUCACUGAGGUGAAAGAAAUCCAUCUAGCAUUUUGUUUCACUGAAUUUUACAAAAAUCCAGUGAAUGAAUGAACAUUGAGUUCUUACAGGGGGGAAAGCAUUAAAAAUGUGGUAAAGGCCAAAGAAAAGCAUGUCAGCAAGUAAAUACUGCAAUGUUUUGUGUGAUACUUUAUAGGAAAGGAAGCAAAACAAUGAAAGCACCUUAAAUCUAGCUCUUAUACACUAGCUGCAAGCUAUUCUUUAAAUGGCCACGUCGUAUGCUUGGCACCCUGAGCGCACUCCAAGAAGCAUGCCCAAGACAGCGCGCUUGAGGAUGGUUCUGGGUUCAUGCUCUGCUAAACUGGCUACACUGCAUUUCCAGUCCUUACUGCACAGUGAGUGGGAGCCUGCUUCUUGGCCGUGCUAGCAGGGCAGGGUGGACAUGCCCUAAAUUGAAAUUCACUAUCUUUAAAGACAACACCAGAGUUUUUAUUUUAUUAAAAAUAGAUUGUGAUGUAAUACAGCCAUGAUUAAAUAUGUAUAAAGAAACUGUCUAAAAAGUUAAUGUCCCAUUCAUCAGGAAAACAAAAGCCUUAUACAAAACUGGUUCAAAGGUAUAUUGUGCCAGUCACCUGUAUUUUUCCUAUUUUUUUUUUACAUUUCAUGCUGAUACAAAAACCAUGCAAUCUUAAUUCUAUAUGGAUAUGUCUGCCUAUAACUUACUAUCAGUUUGUAACUAUGUUCUAGGGUAAAGGCAUAAUUAUUUCCUCCACUCCUUGGCUUAAUGUUUUAAGCCUUAUAAAAUAUGAUGGCAUUUAGGUAGCUGUGGAUUAACAUUUCAGCAUAAAAUGUAACAAAAAAUGCUUAGUGUGCUCUAUCAAUAAUAUAUAAAAUUGUAACCAAAUAUAACUUUUAUAAAAGCCCUCAUGCAUUAAUAUCUGCAUGUUUCUGUACAAAUCAAAUAAAAAACUAUAUAAUAUUGGUGCAGUACCUUUCAACUUUAUCUUUAACAGGCAAAGUUAACAAAAUCUAAGUAGUUGAGAUGAACAUUAGACCUUAAGAUCUCUUCUUGCUGAAAGAUAAUAUUAAAUUUAAUACAUUCAUGUAGUUCAAGUAUGGUUGAUAAUGAAGAAUGUAUUAAAGUGAAUUGCUAGUUUUAUGUGAUACUAAAAGAGAAUUACAAAAAAGUACAUUUUUCAACCAUAUGUCAGUGUUCUGCAUUUUUACUGCCUUGAAUGUUUGUACUCACCUUCUCAUCACUUUGUCUUUUUGCAUUUCUUUAAAGUAACUGGUUAAUAUAUGCACUGCUACAUACUAGUUCAACUGGUCCAGCGUUGAGAAAUUGUAACGUUGAACAUGCCUUCUUCCAAUUAACAUUGAUAAUCCAUGCUGUUGGAAAUAAAUAUUUUCUCAUGAUCUAAAUGUUUUGUCUGAUAAUACAAAUGUUUAGAAAAAUAA